AUGACAAAGCUUCUAUCUUUAUCGCUGUUUGCCGCCGUUCCCUUUGCUUUUGCGCAACUUGCACCAACACCCUUGCCUGACUCUGCACCUGCUGCCGAAUCUACACAGCUAGCCAGGCGGGCGACCAGCAAUUCCACCUUCACUGAGGACGUCCUUGUCACUGCGUGGUACCCCGGCUGGCUGGGGGGCACGUACGCACCUGACACUAUAUCGUGGGGCAAAUACAACGCCUUAACCUUCGCUUUUGCAACGACAACUUCUGAUGCAAGCGUCAUCGCGCUUGACAGCGAAAGUGCCAGCCUUCUUCCAACAUUUGUCUCAGCAGCCAAGAGCCAUAACGUCAAGGCACUCCUUUCUAUUGGCGGAUGGACCGGAUCUCAAUACUACUCAUCGAACGUGGCCACAGCAGACAGCCGUACUACCUUCGUCAAGGCCGUUGCCGAUCUGGCUACCAAGUACAACCUUGAUGGUAUCGACUUUGACUGGGAGUAUCCCAACCACCAGGGCAUCGGGUGCAACCUCAUCUCGAGCAGUGACUCCGCCAAUUUCCUUUCGUUCCUCCAAGAGCUCAGGCAAGACCCCAUGGGCUCGACUCUCAUCCUCUCAUCUGCGGUUGGCUUGACUCCAUACGCCGGAAGUGACGGCACCCCAAUGGCCGAUGUCUCAGCGUUCGCUGAGUACCUUGAUUGGAUCGCCAUCAUGGCUUACGACGUCUGGGGUUCUUGGUCUACAGCCGUUGGCCCCAACGCCCCCUUGGGUGACUCUUGCGCUCCCAGUCAAGCUGGCUCUGCUGAAUCUGCUGUCAACGCUUGGACUGCUGCCAAGUUCCCUGCGAACAAGAUCGCACUUGGCGUUGCUGCGUACGGUCACAGCUUCAGUGUCGCCAACAGCGCCGCUGUCGUGAACAACCAACUUGCUGCUUACCCCGCUUUCAGCAAAGCUGCUCAACCCGCUGGCGAGGGCGAAACUUCCACCACGUCAACCACUGAUCAGUGCGGUACCACCAGCGGCCCAACUGGCGUUUUCAACUUUGAGGGCAUGGUUAGCGCAGGCUACCUCACAAGCAACGGCACCGCUGCGCCGAAUAUGGUGUACAGAUUCGACGACUGCAGCAAGACUCCUUACGUCUACAACCCGUCCACAAACGUUGAAAUCUCUUACGACGACGCCACAAGCUUCGCUGACAAGGGCUCCUUCAUUAAUGAGAAAGGUCUUCUCGGAUUCGCCAUGUGGCACGUUGUCGGUGACUAUAAGGAUAUCCUCGUUGAUUCGAUCAGCGAUGCGAUGGGCAUCCAGAACUGUUAGCCAGGCCUAACCGUUCACAGUGCGCAGGCGCACACUGUUUUCGAGUAUUGUUAGACGUACGCUAUAGUACAUGUACCCAGGGCUAUCUCAGUGUUAUGUAAACGAGCUUGGAAGACAUUC